GAUGGAGAUGCGAAGCAUGGAAGAUACAGAGAUAGCCACAGACAUGACUCCAUCCCUCGUCCCUCUCACUUUCUCUCUCCACCACUCUAACCUCCACACUCACUGCUCCUCUUGUUUCUCUCUCCUCCCUCCCUCUCCCAUUCCCAUCCCUCCCUUCCUCUACUGCUCUCCAACCUGCUCCGCCGCCCACCCUUUCCUCCUCCACCACUCCGCCGUCUCUCACUCCUCCGACCUCCGCGCCGCCCUCCUCCUCCUCUCCCACUACCGCCCCUCCGUCACUUCCUCUCGUGUCGCUGGCCUCCUCUCCAACCGCCACAAGCUCACGUGCCACCACAACUCCGACGAAGACGAGGUUUCCGAGAGAAUCAGCAGUGGAGUCAGAGCCUUGGCCACUGCAAUUACGGAGCUGCGAGGGGAGCUGGAGCCGGACGACGCCGUUUUGGAGGAGGCGGAGUGUGCAUUGUGCGCGGUGCUAACGAACGCCGUGGAGGUGCAGGAUAAGGAAGGGCGCGCACUGGGAAUCGCGGUUUAUGGUCCGGCGUUCUCUUGGAUCAACCACAGCUGCUCCCCCAAUGCCUGCUACCGCUUCAUCCUCUCUCCUCCUCCUCCUUCUUCUUCUUCGCAGGAAUCCAAGCUUCGAAUAGCUCCAUCUUCCUUUCGCGGUUCUCCUGAUUCACAAAUAGAUAGUGGGGUUUGUACUAUCAGUAAUCAUUUUCAGAAAGUGAAUUGGGGUUACUUUUCUGCAUUAGAAGAAGAGGAGCAAAAGCAAGGCUAUGGACCGAGAUUGAUUGUGAGGAGUAUCAAGAGAAUCAAAAAGGGACAAGAGAUUACCAUAGCAUACACUGAUCUCUUGCAAUCUAAGGCAAUGCGGCAAUUGGAUCUAUGGUCCAAGUACAGGUUUAUCUGCUGUUGCAUGCGAUGUAGUGUUGUGCCCUUCACAUAUGUUGAUCAUGCAUUGCAAGAAAUUUCUGUUUCCGGUUGUGAUUUUACUAGUUCAAGCUCCAGCUACAAUCUUCUCAGAGACACAGCAGAAAGAAGACUGAAUGAUUCAGUUGAUGAUAUUAUAUCUGAGUAUCUCAUGGCUGGUGAUCCUGAGCCUUGCUGUGAGAAACUUGAGAAGAUUCUUAUGCAGGGUCUGUGCGACGAGUUGGACAAUGUUGAAGAAACUCCACAUUAUAAGUUCAUGUUGCAUCCCCUGCAUUACCUCUCUCUAAAUGCAUACACAACACUUGCUUCGGCAUAUAAAGUUCGUGCUAGUGAUAUCUUGUCUACAACUUCUACAAUAGAUCAAAACCAGUUAGAAGCUUUCAACAUGAGCAGAACCAGUGCAGCAUAUUCCUUGUUACUAGCAACUACAGCACAUCAUCUCUUCAAUUCCGAAUCCUCACUGAUUGCAUCUCUUGCAAAUUUUUGGACAGGUGCAGGCGAGUCUUUGUUGUAUCUUGCCAGAAGUUCGGAAUGGAGCAAGGUUUUCAAAUCAAGUCUGGUUGCUUCUUCGGUUUCCAAGGUCAAAUGUUCCAAGUGUUCAUUAAUGGAUACAUUUAGAGCCUAUAUGUGUAAUGGUAGAAUUAGGAAUGAUGAUUUUGAGAAUGCAUCAAAUGAGUUUCUUGAUUGCAUCUCACAUGAUUCAACACAGAAGGUUUGGAGUUUCCUUGUCAAUGGUUGCCGUUUUUUGAGAUCGAUCAAGGAUCCUAUGGAUUCGGGCUGGUUAGUCUCUACCAGCGAUUCCAGAGCAACGGAUCCCGGAGCUCUGGCUAAGAAAAAAUCUGAAAUAUGUCACUCACACGAAUCUGGAAAUAGUAUCCAGACCUGUGAAGAACAAACUUGCAAUGAGAAUGCAAGGGUACACAUUUUUGAGCUGGGUGUACAAUGCUUAGCAUAUGGAGGAUUAUUGGCUGCUAUAUGUUAUGGUCACCAUUCCCAUUUGGCUUCAUAUGUUGAAGAGAUUCUGGAUGACGAAAACAAUCUUAUAUUAUAAAUUUAUAAUGCUUCCAUAAAGUAUUGACUUGGAAAUUAAUUUUUCUAGUUGAUACCUGUUCCUGAUAUUAGUUAAAAACUUCCAGUUCCAAAUGAAAAUAUUUUACAAAACAAUGCAUCACAUUUUUUUUUGUCAAGUAGUGGACAGUUACGCUUUGUGUGGAUAGGCCCACAAGAGAAAAGCCCAUAGGAGUGAUAGUGGAGAGAGUGGAGACUGGAGACUGGGGAGUGGAGAGGGACCGAUUGGUAACUUCCUUUGUUCCCACUAUAUAUAGCGCACAUGCAAAGCUGUAAAUCCCUCAAACCCUAAUCGGUUUCCGCUGCUAAAAUCUAGAUCAUAUUCUCCAUUCUCUGGCUCUCUGCACAUUUACGCCCAAAAUUUUAUCUGUUCAGGUGUUUUCUUAUUUGUGAUAUUUCUGUGUGUUGAAUUUUUGCUACUUUAUUAUGUUUUCAUAUUGUUGAAAUUUUCAAAAGAAAAAUGAAAUCCGUACCUAAAUUUUGACGCAUACAAUGUUUUCUGACCAGUUACAUGAAGCUAUGUUUGAAUGAUGAAAAUCUUGUAGUUAGAACCCUAAUUUAUAGUUCAUAGAUUGCCCAAUGAUGCACAACAUAGAUUGUUGAGCGGCUACUCGUAUUCCUUCAUAAUCUGAUCUGCACUCUCUCUCUCUCUCUCUCUCUCUCUAUGAAUAUACUAUUUUUCUUUUUUUUUUUCCUUUUGGUCCCUCAUCGCUCGCACUCUUUUCUCUCAAGUUUCUGAAAACCGAACCGGUCAUAUGAAUCCAUGUACGUAUGCAUGUAUGUCAAUGGCACUCUGAUUGAUGCAGAGACGGCUAUGAAUGGAAUUCGGGUGUCCAAAGCCGCAUAUGAUUCUCUAUUAAGCUAUGAGAUCUGAGGGCUUUUUCUGACUAUUAUUAUUGUUAGCUCACAAAUUUUCUGUUGUUUUUGUUCGUGUAUGUUAGUGCUGCCCAAUGAUGGAGAAAUUAGACUAUUGAGUAGCUACGUGGUUCUGUUUUCUAGCUGGACAUGCACCAUUGACUCUAUCUCUCUCUCUUUCUCUCUCUCUCAAUCCAUCUCUGUGUAUGUGUGGGUGUGUUUGUGUGUGUGUGUGACUGGAUGAAGUACUCUUAUAUUUAGAAAUAAUAAUAUAAUAAUAAUGAUCAAGGCAAUGGUGCAAGAAGGCUGUUAAUGAAACCCGUUUAAGCUACACAUGAUUUCUGUAUAGCUAUGAGAUCUGAGGGCUAUGAAUGUAUUUUUUUUAGAAAUGAUAAUUGGCAUGUAUACUUAGUAAUCGGAAAUUAUAGGGUUCUGACAUUUUAACAGGAAAAUCUUUGAAGGAGAUAUCUAAUUUCAUGAUCGAUAGGUUCUACCCGGGAAUAUCAGCUUUGUUGGUGUUGGUAUCUGGAGCUGUGUUAUUCCUGCAUUGUUCUUCGUAGCUGUCGGCUGGGCUAGUUAGGAUAUAAAUAACCAUUUUGUAAUUUUACAGUUGACAAGUAUAUUAUCCGAGCAUGUUGAUAAGAUAAUUUUAUUCUAAUUAUGUUGCGCUGUUGUAUUUAUUUGAUUUUUUGUUCUCGAUAUGACAUCCUCUCUGAUCCCAAAUAAAUUAGAGUUUUUCUUUAA